AUGCCUGCUCCAGGUGAUCAACAUUCGGUGGUGACGAACCCUUACGAGGAACCACGUCCACGAAUUGCUGAAUGGGCUGCAAAGGACAUUGCUACGAUAGCGGCGAAGCUCGACAAACAACUCGGUCCCGAAUACAUCUCUGCACGCGCAGGCCCUGGUGGUACGAAAGUCCACUAUCUGACUGCUGAGAAAUGUAUCACCUUGGCGAAUGAAGUUUUCGGUUUCAACGGAUGGUCAUCUUCCAUUCAGAACAUUCAAGUCGACUUUGCCGAUGAAAACCCCCAGACACAACGCUUCAGUGUUGGCCUGUCUGUCAUUGUCCGAAUUACAUUAAGGGAUGGAACGUACCAUGAGGACGUUGGCUACGGCUCCAUCGAGAACGCAAAAGGCAAGGCAAUGGCUUUCGAGAAGGCCAAGAAGGAGGGCACUACUGACGGAAUGAAACGUGCACUAAGAAACUUUGGCAAUGUCCUGGGUAACUGCAUCUACGACAAAGAUUACGUGAAGCAAGUAACCAAGAUCAAAGCCGAGCCUGUCAAGAAGUUUGAUCAAGAUAACUUACACCGACAUUCCGACUUCAUCAAACGUGAUAUUGCGAGAGCAGGACCCGCGGCCCCGGCGCCUCCCGUUGCUCCUGUAGUCAAAACCGAACCUGUACCGCCGCUCCCCGUUGCAGAGUCAUUUGAUGACUAUCUUGGAGAGCUCGACGAAGCCGACUUUUGUGUGCCAGAAGAUGGCCACCCAGACGAAAUCAUGCUUUCAACAACAAUCCUGGGCCCAUCUGCCAACGAAAAGCCCACCACCAACCCUCAAGCUCAACAAAACCAGCAACAACCUAACAGAUCGAACUCUACUGGGCCCUCAAAUCGAGCGCCGCAAACACCGAUACAGGAGCAACAACGAUUCAAUUCUUCUAACGGUCCAAACGCCCUUGCAAAUCGCCCACAAGGCGGAACCUCAGGACGUACAACUCCAAAUCAAACUGGGAACCCACGCCCACCACCGAAUGCUCCCCAAAACAUACCCGAGACUGUAGGCUUCUUUUCUGCAAAGGCGGUUAGUCAGUUGCCCGAGUCCACUCUAGAAGGUUCAGGCAAUGGUGCCAUUGCCUUGCCACAAGGGCAGCAAGCCUUUAACCCAAAGGCAGAGAGCCCAUCGAUUCGAAAAACACCUGGCAUUGACCACAAUUCAUCUAAGCCUGUUGCGAGGAAUGGUCAGCAUGUUGCUCCGACCAACAGUCAGGCAAAUGCUGGUCCGACUACGCGAUCCAAUUCGAAUAGCUUUACCCCGGUGCGGCCGUCCAUGACCAGCUCGCAGAGCCGGGGAAAUGUAAUAAACCCAUCACUCGACCAAACUCGUCGGAUCGGUGCGCCAUCUGGUCCAGGUAGUCCCCUGGCGAACAGAGGCAGUUACCGACCACCCGCGAUGAAACGACCACCACCUACCGAUGGACGAACCGCUCUGGCCGAUCUUCCUGCCAACGGGAACGGAGGGGCAACGUCUGCUGUCGCAACUGGGUUGGAUGCGAAGAGACAGAAGAUGGCGUAG